GGUGAAAGUUCAAAACACAGCCGCAGUGAUGUCACUUACAGGCAGCAUGGCUGCGCUCAGUGUUGCAAGGCGUUUAGUAAAGUCUUACUUUUGCGUUAAAUGUUUAGAUAAAAAUGUGCACGCGCGUUUGCAGACUACAACACGAAUGUUCUGUGUAUCAGUAUCACGCAGCAGCUCCGUGGGUGUACCUAAAGCUCAGUUCACAGAUACAGAGGUUCAAGACAUUCUGACCAAAAUCACGGGUCUGGAUCUGGAGAAAGUGUUCCGACCCUUAAGAGAGCAGCUAACACCACCUAAAUACAAGCUUAUGACAGACACAGAAUUAGAGGAGGCAGUGCAUAAAGCAGAGGAGCAGGCAAAACAUUUGCUGAAGAUGCCACCGGUCCUGCCUGAGAGGAAGCCUAUAAAUGAUGUGCUUUCUGAAGAUCAGAUGCUAGAGGGCAUGGACACUGCUAAAUAUGUAUUCACCGACAUCAACUUUAACGUCCCGCAUCGAGAAAGAUUCAUAGUUGUGAGAGAACCCAAUGGAAUCCUGAGAAAAGCAUCAUGGAACGAAAGAGAUAGGAUAAUACAAGUUUACUUCCCCAAAGAGGGCCGCAAGGUCACGCCACCACCCAUCUUUAAAGAAGAAAAUCUCAGGGUGGUCUUUGAACAGGAUAGACACGAGGAUGUGCUAAACCAGUGCGUUGUCCAAUUUGAGCCAGACUCUGCAGAAUUUAAAAAUGUGCUCAUGCUGACCUAUGAGGACAUUGAAAAGCAUGGGAAAUAUGAUCUGCUCAGAUCCACGCGGUUCUUUGGUGGUUUGGCCUGGCAUCUGGCUAAUGGUCGGCGAAUUGAUGGCCUUCUGGUGAACAUGUUGCAGAGAGACCUAAUGCAGGAUGCGGUGAGGUUGGUGCGUCUGUUUCAUUUGGUUCAUCCUCAGAGUGAGUCUGCGCAGCAUGCUCAAAGACAACAGGCCACUGACCUGGACCUUCUGAAGAUCUAUGCCCAGUACGAGUCAAACAGAGCUGGAUUCAUCGAGCUGGCAGUGCAAAACUAUGAACAGACUAAAGCACUGAGCUCUGUUUAAAUGCAUCGAAGUGUUAAAACACUGAAAAACGAUCAUUUAUCAUGAAUUGAAGUAUCUGUCAUAUCGUUUAAAUGUUCAUGUCAAGUUUUGAAACGUACUUAUUCUGUACAUAAUAAAGAAAUCUUUGUGUA